AUGGCCGACCCAAACAAUGUCGCCCAGUACAAGUACUCGGCCAUGUCGAACCUGGUCCUCCAGGCCGACCGUCGAUUUGUCUCUCGGAGAACGGACGAGAAUACCGGCGACCCAGAGUCUUUAGCUGGGAGACUAAACAUUCGAGAUAUGGGAUCGCGAGUUGGUCGACCUGAAGCACCAAAACAGAAAAAGUUAGCUUCGGGCUUAAAAGGCGUGGAACGAACCUCAAUACGAGAAGGCGAAGACGUACUCGAGAGAGAGCGCAAGAAGAGAAAGAGGGGCGAGCCUGCACAAACUCGAGGAGCUGGUAUUCUGUCUGCGGGUGAUGCGCUGAUAGAAGGACUAAAGUAUCGACCCAGGACUCCUGCUACUCGUGCUACAUAUGAUCUACUACUCCAUGUCACUUCAAAUGCUUUGGGAGAUGUUUCCCAAGAGACGGUGCGAAGUGCUGCCGAUGCUGUCCUUGAGUAUCUGAAAGAUGAGAACAUGAAGGAUCUGGAUAAGAAAAAAGAGAUCGACGAUCUUGUUGGAAUCACCAUGACACCAAAGGAAUUCAAUGAACUGGUCAACCUCGGCAAGAAAAUAACAGAUUAUGGCAAUCAAGAUGGUGAUGAAGAGAUGGCCGAUGGCGACGGUGCAGACGAAGCCGAGCUCGACGACAGACAGGGUGUUGCAGUUGUCUUCGACGAAUCUGACGAAGAUGCUGAUGAGGACGGUGUCCAACGCACUUAUGAAGUUCGAGAUGAAGGCGAAGGCUCUUCAGAUGAAGAGGACGACGUACAAGAUGAUCCCAGCCUUGAAGAAGCUGCCGCUGCUGGGGGCGCUGGGCUCCCAGAAACAGAAGAGACAGAGGAGAGUGGUAUGGUUCUCGAUGGUGGUAUUGAGGACUCCAGUCGAAGAAAGAGAAAUGAUGUCGAUGUCGUUCCCAUUCAUGAGAUUGAUGCCUACUGGUUGCAGAGACAGAUCGGUGCUCUCUAUUCCGAUGCCCAUUUGCAACAACAGAAAACGAAAGAUGCUCUUCAGAUUCUCUCAGGGAAGUCGCUGGAGGGCGAAGAUAUUUCUCUUCGAGAUAUCGAAAACGACCUGAUGGAUUUGUUUGACUAUGAACAACCAACAAUCGUCAGCAAGUUCGUCUCAAAUCGUGAGAGAAUUGUCUGGGCCACCAGAUGGCGGAGGGCUGCAGAAGAUGAUGACGCUCGUAAUCUUGUGGAGAGCGAGAUGGUCGAAGCGGGUCACAGAAGUAUCCUUGACGAGCUACUUGGAAAAUCAGAUCAGACUACAGAAGGUCAACGACCCGCAAAGAAGAUGAAGCUGGACCUGAUGGACCUGGAUAUUCCAAAAGGUGAAGCCGACCAAGGACAGGUUGAGAAGAAAGAAGGCGUCCUUGCAGGUGGAUUGCAACCACAGCGGCUGAUCAACCUGGACAAUCUUGUUUUUGAACAGGGUAACCAUCUCAUGACCAAUCCGAAAGUCGUCCUUCCACAAGGAUCCACAAAGAGAACUUUCAAGGGCUAUGAGGAAAUUCAUGUCCCUGCGCCCAAGCCUAAACGAGACCCUGGAGAGAAGAACAUUCCGACGAGUGAUCUACCCGAUUGGGCACGACAAGGGUUUGGAAAUGCAAAGGAACUCAACCGCAUCCAAUCCAAAUGUUAUCCAUCGGCUUUUCAGGAUGAUGGUAACAUGUUGAUCUGUGCCCCAACCGGCUCAGGCAAGACCAACGUUGCCAUGCUUACCAUCUUGAGAGAGAUCGGCAAACACCGUAAUCCGGAGACAGGAGAAAUCAUGCUCGAUGAUUUUAAGAUUGUUUACAUUGCCCCCUUGAAAGCUCUUGUUCAGGAGCAGGUUGGAAAUUUUGGAAAGCGUCUCGAAGUUUAUGGCAUCCGAGUUUCCGAACUUACAGGUGAUCGGCAGUUAACGAAACAACAAAUCGCAGACACACAAGUCAUUGUCACGACUCCAGAGAAGUGGGAUGUUAUCACCCGAAAAGCGACUGACAUGAGUUAUACGCGACUGGUUCGACUGAUCAUCAUUGACGAGAUUCACCUGCUUCAUGAUGACCGUGGUCCAGUUUUGGAAAGCAUUGUCAGCCGAACUAUUCGCAAGAUCGAGCAGACAGGUGAUCCCGUCCGAAUAGUCGGUUUAAGUGCCACCCUACCGAACUAUCGUGAUGUAGCAACAUUUUUGCGUGUUGAUCCUGCAAAGGGACUCUUCCAUUUUGAUGGCUCCUUCAGGCCUUGCCCUCUUCGACAAGAGUUCAUUGGUGUGACGGACAAGAAAGCUAUCAAGAUGCUCAAAACCAUGAACGAUGUCUGUUAUGCCAAAGUCAUUGAACACGUUGGUACAAAUCAACAGCAAAUGCUUAUUUUCGUCCACUCUCGAAAAGAAACUGCAAAGACUGCGAAAUACAUUCGUGACAAAGCUGUCGAACUGGAGACCAUCGGUCAAAUUAUGCGGAGUGAUGCGGCAAGUAGAUCUGUUUUGCAAGAAGAAGCUGAAGCAGUGAACGAUGCCAAUCUGAAAGACUUGUUACCCUACGGAUUUGGUAUACAUCAUGCAGGUAUGGGUGUUGCCGAUCGUACCUCGGUCCAAGACCUAUUCGCAGAUGGCUAUCUACGAGUUCUAGUGUGCACAGCGACCUUGGCCUGGGGUGUGAAUCUACCAGCCCAUACUGUCAUCAUCAAGGGCACUCAAGUAUAUUCUCCAGAGAAAGGAAGCUGGGUUGAGUUAAGUCCUCAAGAUGUCUUACAAAUGCUGGGCCGAGCUGGUCGACCGCAAUUUGAUUCUUAUGGAGAAGGGAUUAUCAUUACAUCACAAUCUGAGGUUCAGUACUAUCUGUCACUCAUGAAUCAGCAACUUCCGAUUGAAAGUCAAUUGAUGGGCAAACUUGCGGAUAAUCUCAACGCUGAAAUUGUACUUGGCAACAUUCGUACUAGAGACGAUGGUGUGGAAUGGCUUGGAUAUACUUACCUUUUUGUCCGCAUGAUCCGGUCUCCUGGUCUGUACAGCGUUGGUGCAGACUACGGUGACGACGAGACCCUCGAACAAAAGCGCGUUGACUUGAUCCACUCGGCAGCUAUUGUUCUUGAGAGAGCCGGUCUAGUGAAGUAUGAAAAGAAAUCCGGCAAGCUACAAGCUACAGAUCUUGGCCGCAUCUCCUCACAUUACUACAUCACGCACAAUUCUAUGCUCACUUAUAAUACGAAUUUACAACCAUCGAUAACCACCAUCGAGCUCUUCCGACUCUUUGCUCUCAGCGAUGAAUUCAAGUAUAUCCCAGUGAGACAAGACGAGAAGUUGGAACUAGCGAAACUCCUGGGCAGAGUACCGAUUCCAGUCAAAGAGGGCAUGGAGGAACCCCAGGCCAAGAUCAAUGUUCUGCUUCAGGCAUUCAUUUCUCGUUUAAAACUCGAAGGCCUUGCGCUGAUGGCCGAUCUGGUGUACGUCACACAGUCAGCUGGACGCAUCUUGAGAGCCCUAUUCGAGAUUUGUCUCAAGAAGGGGUGGGCCUCUGUCGCCAAGAUUGCUCUUGAUCUUUGCAAGAUGGCCGAGAAGCGAAUGUGGCCCACGAUGUCUCCUCUCAGACAAUUUCCCAUGUGUCCGAGAGAGUAUGUACAGAAAGCCGAAAGAAUGGAAGUUCCCUGGUCUGCAUAUUUUGACUUGGAUCCACCGAGAAUGGGAGAACUACUCGGACUUCCGAAGGCUGGUCGCAAUGUGUGUGAUCUUGUUUCGAAAUUUCCUCGUUUGGAAGUUCAAGCACAGGUUCAGCCCAUCACGAGAUCCAUGCUGCAUGUGGAGUUAAGCAUAACUCCAAACUUUGUAUGGGACGACGCAAUUCAUGGAACAGCAGAGACAUUCUGGAUUCUAGUUGAAGAUUGCGAUGGAGAAGAGAUCUUGUUUCAUGAUCAAUUCAUCCUUCGUCGAGAAUUUGCUACUGGUGAAUUGACCGAGCAUCUUGUUGACUUCACAGUUGCGAUUACCGAGCCAAUGCCGCCAAACUACUUCAUAACCCUUUUGUCGGAUCGUUGGAUGCACGCGGAGACAAAGGUUCCGGUCUCUUUCCAGAAAUUGAUUCUGCCAGAGCGGUUCCCACCUCAUACUCAAUUGCUUGACCUGCAGCCUGUUCCAGUCCAAGCACUCAAAGUCAAGGAAUUCGUGUCUCUGUAUCCCAAUUGGGACCGCUUCAACAAGAUUCAAACCCAAGUGUUCAAGUCGAUGUAUGACAGUGAUGACAAUGUCUUUGUCGGAGCCCCCACUGGCAGUGGAAAAACUGUCUGUGCAGAGUUUGCCCUUCUCCGCCACUGGAAGAACCCCGAGGCCAGUAAAGCAGUCUAUAUUGCGCCUUUCGCUGAACUAGUCGAGCAACGUCUUGGUGAUUGGCAGGAACGUCUGGGUCAGCACCUGGGUAAGACAAUCUCAACCUUGACGGGCGAGAUCACAGCAGACUUGCGGAUAUUAGACCGGUCAGAUCUAGUGCUUGCUACUCCAAGUCAAUGGGAUGUGUUAUCCCGCCAAUGGCAACGUCGAAAGAAUGUGCAGAGCGUCGAACUCUUUAUUGCGGAUGAGCUUCAUAUGCUCGGAGGCGAAAAUGGUUCGGUAUAUGAAGUUGUCGUUUCUAGAAUGCAGUACAUCCACAUUCAGCUCGAGAAUAAUCUACGAAUCAUCGGUUUGAGUGUACCACUUUCGAAUGCAAGAGAUGUGGGAGAGUGGAUCGGAGCGAGUAAGCAUACGAUCUUCAAUUUCAGCCCCAUGGUGCGUCCUGUUGGAUUGGAGUUACACAUUCAAUCGUUCACGAUACCACAUUUCCCAUCAUUGAUGAUGGCGAUGGCUCGACCAACAUAUCAAUCAAUCCUUCAGCUGUCUCCUGAUAAGCCAGCAAUCGUGUUUGUACCCGGACGGAAGCAAGUUCGAACCACCGCGCUCGAUAUUCUCUCAGCAUGCAUUAUGGAUGACGAUGAUGAGAGAUUUCUUCAUACCAAUGUCGAGGAGUUGCAACCAUUCCUGGAGAGAAUCAAUGAGAAGGCACUCGCGGAAUCAUUGACACAUGGUAUCGGAUAUUACCAUGAGGCUCUCUCAACCAGUGACAAGCGUAUUGUGUCACAUCUCUUCAAAAUCGGUGCCAUCCAAGUAAUGCUAGCCUCUCGCGAUGUGUGCUGGGAACUACCAUGUACUGCUCACCUCGUGGUCAUCAUGGGCACGCAGUAUUUCCAAGGACGCGAACAUCGGUACGUUGAUUAUCAAAUCAGCGAAAUUCUCCAAAUGUUUGGCCGUGCUUGUAGACCUGGCGAAGACAAGAUUGGAAAAGGCGUCUUGAUGGUACCUGCAGUCAGAAGAGAAUACUAUAAGAAAUUCCUGAACGAAGCCUUGCCCAUUGAGAGCCAUCUUCCCUUGUCUCUCCACGACGCGUUCGUCACCGAGAUCAGCACCAAGACAAUCACCUCUACUCAAGAUGCCGUGGAUUGGACGACUUACUCUUAUUUCUAUCGCCGUCUCCUGGCAAACCCAAGUUUCUAUGGAUUGAACGACACAUCACAUGAUGGCUUGAGCACACAUCUUUCCGAACUUGUUGAGAACACCUUGAAGGAGCUCUCCGAAGCUAAGAUUAUUGAUCUUGAUGAGGAGGAUGAUUCAGUCACUCCACUGAACCCAGCAAUGAUCGCAGCCUACUAUAACAUCUCCUUCAUUACCAUGCAGACCUUCCUCUUGUCCCUAACUGGCCGCACGAAGCUGAAGGGUAUUUUGGAAAUUGUCACUUCUGCUACAGAGUUCGAAUCGGUGCAAAUACGCCGAAACGAGGCUCAUAUUCUUCAGCGCAUCUACGAUCGCGUGCCCGUGAAGAUGUCGGAACCAGCAUUCGACUCUCCUCACUUCAAAGCACUAGUUCUCCUCCAGGCACAUUUCUCGCGCAUGCAACUUCCCAUUGACCUGUCCAAAGAUCAAGAAGUCAUCGUCUCAAAAGUCCUCAGCCUCCUCUCUGCGUGCGUGGACGUCCUCUCCUCCGAAGGACAUCUCAACGCCAUGAACGCAAUGGAACUUUCUCAAAUGACAGUUCAAGCCAUGUGGGAUCGUGACAGCCCACUCCUGCAGAUCCCACACUUUGACAGCAAAAUCGUCGACAUCCUCGCCAAGCAAGACGUCAAGGACAUCGAUGACUUCAUGACGGCCAUGGACCCAAGUGAAAACCCGAACCAAGCCAAACUCGUCGCGGCAAUGGGCCUGAGCAACCGCCAACUAGUCGAAGCGGCCAACUUCACCAACACGAAAUAUCCCAAUCUCGAGCUCGAAUUCGAGGCCCUCGACAAAGAAGACAUCACCGCCGGCCAGCCCAGCUACCUGCAGGUGCGGGUAUCGCGGGUUCUAGAUGACGACGACGAAGAAGACGAGGACGCAGACACCGAGGUCGACCUGUCGGUUCACGCGCCCUUCUACCCCGGCAAGAAGAUCCAGAACUGGUGGCUGGUGGUGGCCGAGGAGAAGACCAAAUCGCUCCUGGCGAUCAAACGCGUCACCAUCGUCAAGAAACUCGACGUCAAGCUCGAAUACGUCGUGCCCACGCCCGGCAAGAAAGACCUCACGCUGUUCCUCAUGGCCGACUCGUAUGUGGGCGUCGACCAGAGCAUGGCGUUCGCUGUGGAUGUCGCGGAGGGCAUGGAUGAGGAUGAUGAUGAGGAGGACGACGACGAAGAUGGAGAGUGA